CCUUUGCCGUGAGCGCAUGGAAAGGUGGACGCUAGCUUACCAACUUAUGAAUGGUUAAAGUCGCAGUUUUAAUACUGUCUUUCCAGCAUCUUAACCCAUAAGCAUGGCAAGCGAGCAGGAUGUGGCGGCCGUGGGCAGGAUACUGGUUAACCCAAAUGAGAGUCUGACAACUCGGUUUAGGGCUCUUUUUACCUUACGUAACCUCGGAGGAUCGGAGGCCAUUAAAUGGAUCGGUGAGGCGUUUACGGAUGACUCUGCAUUGCUUAAACAUGAGUUAGCAUAUUGUCUUGGCCAAAUGCAAGACGAGAGGGCUAUUCCCACUCUGGAGAAAAUCUUAAUGGACACCAGUCAGGAGCCAAUGGUGAGACACGAAGCAGGCGAAGCGCUUGGAGCAAUUGGAAAUCCAAAAGUCUUAGACUUACUGAAGAAAUAUUCAGAAGAUCCAGUUAUUGAGGUGGCAGAGACUUGUCAGAUAGCUGUCAGACUUCUCGAGUGGAAGAUCAGUGGGGGUGACAGAAAUUCAGGGGAAACCACAGAUAACAACCCCUACCUCUCUGUAGACCCAGCCCCUCCUGCCCAGCGCAGGGGCGUCUCAGAGCUGAGGACACAGCUCCUGGAUGAAAGCCUGCCUCUGUUUGAGCGCUACCGGGCCAUGUUCGCCCUGAGGAACCUGGGCACCAAGGAAGCUGUCCUGGCUUUGGGAGAUGGCCUGCAGUGCGGCAGCGCUUUGUUCCGCCACGAGAUCGGCUACGUCCUGGGUCAGAUCCAGCACGAGGCCAGCAUCCCCCAGCUCCAGGCCGCCCUGGAGAGGGAAGACGAGAACCCGAUGGUGAGGCACGAGUGCGCGGAGGCCCUGGGAUCCAUCGGCAAAGAGGCAUGCUUCCAGAUCCUGGAACGUUACAGGAAAGACCAGGAGCGGGUGGUGAAGGAAAGCUGCGAGGUCGCGCUGGACAUGUUGGAAUACGAGAACAGCUCGCAGUUUCAGUACGCCGACGGACUCCUACGGCUCCAGGAGGUUCAGUGAGGCCAAGGUAUCGCUGACGGACAGUGAUCGUCGUAACCGCGUUCUCUUCCGACGUCGUUUUAAAAAAAUAUCUGGAGAUGGCCUUCAACCUUUUGUACCUUAUUCAGAGAAUACAGAUCCAGUAUACCUCAAGGAUGAUGCGAUCCGCGUAUUUAUUUAUUGCUGAGGUAAAAAUGUGUGUUUCUGGCUCCUCUUAGGAAUUCCCGUCGAUCUAGUGUCCUCAUCACACUACUGGUCAGUUUUGUAACUUGGCAUUUCUGUGCAUAAAAUAUGAUAAACAAUAAAGGUUUGUCUGAGGUCAACUGUUGUGAGUCUUCAGUGAGUUGUUGGUUGAGGUCAGACAGGGAUAGGUUUUUACAACGUAACGUGUAUUUCACCUGUCUCUGCGAGAGGGAAUCUGCCCUCAUCCAGCUCGAGUUAAUUAAGGCUUCAUCCAAGGCUAGUUUUAGAAGAGGAUCAAACGGUGUACUCGCUGCUACAGCUAAUCCAACCCACAGCGGGUUCUCUCAUUCACUAAGAGU